AUGAUUACGUUGCUAAUAGCCCUUCGACUUUAUCCCUCCGUGCCCGUCAACACGCGGACUGCUCGAAGAACAACCUUUCUCCCCACGGGUGGUGGUCGUGACGGGACCUCACCAGUACUGAUACGUAAAGGCGAGAAUGUAGCAUUCUGUGACUUAUAUGGAGAGGAUGCGGAAGAGUUUCGCCCAGAACGCUGGGACGAAGAUUUGACCGAAUACACCAAAACAUGGGGCUAUUUACCCUUUAGUGGCGGUCCUCGAAUCUGCCUAGGGCAGCAAUUCGCUCUUAUUGAAGCAUCUUACACUACAGCUCGAAUUCUGCAAGAGUAUUCCGGUAUUCACCUAAUAUCCACAAAGGUCCAACAACGUACGUGGACUGGUUGGUCCACCCAUCAGACGGAAGGAAUUGAAAAGAUCUCUCAGCAGAGGCAGAAGGCGACAUUGGUGCUAUCAUUAGGUGAGGGUUGCAAAGUGUCAUUGACACGCUAGAUUCCAGAGUUUCAUCAUGCUAUCAAGCGAGCUGAGAAUUAAGAGUCGUUGAAACAAACUCGGUUCGGAAACUCAAACCAGACAGAUCCUAAACUAUGAUUGAGGAUCGAAGCUAG